AUGGAGAGACUACCACAAGAGAUCAUUGACCAGAUCAUCGACUGCUGCUCACCUUGGCUGAUCAGGCGACGUCGUGCAUCGAAGUUCGCAACGUUUUCCAAGAAAUUCAAACUCGCCAUCGAGCGCCAUACUUUCAGGACAAUUCGCAUCAGAAGGUCCGAUCUGGAACGUUUCGCAGAAGUUUUCAACCACCAGCACCGCCGCAAUCAUCUCCAUUGUCUCAUUUUCGAAUUGGAAAUUCCGCUUUGCAGGAAAUAUCCAGAAGCGACGCGGAGAGAGGCCAACAGCAACGGCGCGACGGAUGCCAUUUUCGAUCUUCUAACAUGCUUGUCUCGUUGGGAAGAGGACUGUGGCAUCGCGCUAUACAUCACAUCUCGCCCUAAACGACUACAAUACUCUGACACCAAGCCUGAUUACCGAUACGACUAUCUCGAGAUUCUCCAUCCUGAGAAGCUGCCGCUAGUCGACUGCAUUCAGGGGCUCUUUAUGAACUACGCAGGAAAUCACAAGGAACCAGGUUUCCGGGAAGUCUCACCGUUGUCGUGCCUCAAACUGGCAACUAAACUUCCCCGUCUCAAAGGCGCCUUUUUGAGUUACACUGAGCCAGGAGAAUUCUUGGCCUUCCGUCAGAGGUUGCGGGAGGAGUUCGUUCAAGCCCUCAAUAAGACCCGCCUCCCCUCUUCAAUGACCAAAGUUUGGCUCAAUAUUGACGGACCUGACUAUACCUGCCACAACCCGCCGAGCAUGGUGCCAAGCCAGGAAGAGGACAGGCUUUCCCUUGCUCUACGCCGGGUAGCAGGCAGUGUCAAAAUAUUUCGAUACAGUGGUCCGUUGGAUCCUUGUUUCUUUUGGCCCAGCAGUCUCGCGGAAAGCCCAGAGCCGUUCUGGCAGAGUGUGACUCGCAUCUCCAUCACUCUCAACCCCGCAGCCCCUUCUGGAACAUGGUACAUCGGCAUUGGCCCCCAGACUGGCGAGGAAGCUUUCGCACUUCAUCUCAAAGAUCAGAGUCCACCUGGCUAUGGGACAGAAGAACAGACCGUCUCGGCCAUUGCAUUCCUAAAGGAGUUGACCAGGAAGAUGGAUCCGGAAGUUGAAGAACGGUUGCGUAAAGUAACGAAAGCCGCGUUAUCUGGGUUUUCGACAGAAGAAGACUCAGCUGUAUCUGAGCUUGAACAAUUCGAUGUUAACCCAGACACAGUCAUGCCCCUUCUCAGAGCAAUCACCAAAGCCAUCGUUCAGAUGCGAUCCUUGCAGCUCUUUAAGCUACAAGAUGCCGAUAGCCUCAGCACAUGGUAUUCGACGCACUCCUUGAAAGUGGAAUACUACCUCCCGGGUGUGCUGGACCGAGAGUACAGAAAAGAACUAGAUGGGCUUGCCUUGAACAAGCCUCGAGUUCUGCUGCGUGCCCGGGGGCUGGCAGAGUCUGGACGCUAUGCAAGGGAACUAGAAGAUAUGUUCCGGGAGGUCUCAAUCGCAAACCACCACCAGGAAGCGAUUGUCACAUGGAUCUAG